UCAGAAAUUAGUAGCCAUUGACGGAUAAACUCGAAGAAGAACAAAGACACUGGCUUUGAUGAUGAAAAUGGCAUCAACAUCAUCAUCAGCUUUGUCUCUCCCUCUUUCUAACAUCCCAACCUGUAAUAAGAAGUCCCAUAAGUUUCAGAAACCGACUCAUUUAUCCAAAUCAUGUCACAUACCUUGUCUCAAUAUCCAAACUUUAGACCAUAAUAAACUCACCAAGAGAGCUCUACUGUGUUUGACUGCCUUGGGGUGUACGUCUUCUCUAGGAACUUUUCUUGCUCUCCCGGCAAAAGCUGAACCAGAAACUCCCAUCGAAGCCACUUCAAAUAGAAUGUCGUACUCGAGAUUCCUGCAGCAUCUGGAAGAGAAUGAAGUGAAGAAAGUUGACUUGUUCGAGAACGGGACCGUUGCCAUCGCAGAGAUCUCCAAUCCAGCAUUAGGAAAGAUCCAGAGAGUUAGGGUCAACCUUCCCGGUUUACCGGUCGAUCUGGUGAGGGAUUUGAAGGAGAAGAACGUCGAUUUCGCUGCUCAUCCCAUGGAUGUGAACUGGGGAGCUCUCUUGCUCAAUUUCUUGGUGAAUUUUGGGUUUCCUUUGAUCUUACUUGGCUCUCUGCUUGUAACAUCUUCUUUCAGAAAAACACCUGGUGGACCUAAUUUGCCUUUUGGUCUUGGAAGAAGCAAAGCUAAGUUUGAGAUGGAACCAAACACAGGGAUAACGUUCGAGGACGUAGCAGGAGUAGACGAAGCCAAACAAGACUUUGAAGAGAUCGUUGAAUUCUUACGAACGCCAGAGAAAUUCUCAGCUUUGGGGGCUAAAAUCCCGAAAGGCGUCUUGUUGACCGGACCUCCGGGAACUGGAAAGACUCUGCUGGCUAAGGCUAUAGCCGGAGAAGCCGGUGUUCCGUUUUUUUCAUUGUCAGGCUCGGAGUUCAUAGAGAUGUUUGUUGGUGUAGGAGCUUCUAGGGUUAGAGACUUGUUCAACAAGGCAAAAGCGAAUUCACCUUGUUUAGUGUUCAUUGAUGAGAUUGAUGCUGUUGGGAGAAUGAGAGGAACCGGCAUUGGAGGAGGAAACGACGAACGUGAACAGACGCUAAACCAGAUUUUAACAGAAAUGGACGGGUUUACGGGAAAUACCGGAGUGAUUGUGAUCGGUGCAAGGAACCGACCGGAGAUUCUAGACUCUGCUUUACUCCGACCAGGAAGAUUCGAUAGACAGGUUUCGGUUGGUUUACCGGAUGUAAGAGGAAGAGAGGAGAUAUUAAAAGUUCACAGCAAAAGCAAGAAACUUGACAAGGAAGUGUCUUUGAGCGUGAUUGCCAUGAGAACUCCAGGUUUCAGUGGAGCUGACCUGGCAAAUCUAAUGAACGAAGCCGCCAUACUCGCCGGAAGAAGAGGAAAAGACAAGAUUACCCUGGAAGAGAUUGACGACUCGAUCGAUCGGAUUGUGGCCGGAAUGGAAGGGACGAAGAUGGUCGACAGUAAAAGCAAAGCCAUUGUAGCCUACCAUGAAGUAGGACACGCUAUCUGUGCGACUUUGACGGAUGGUCACGAUCCGGUUCAGAAAGUUACGUUGGUUCCUAGAGGUCAAGCACGUGGUCUCACUUGGUUCUUACCGAGAGAAGAUCCAACGUUGGUGUCUAAACAGCAACUAUUCGCUAGAAUCGUCGGAGGAUUAGGAGGCAGAGCCGCCGAGGAAGUAAUCUUCGGAGAACCGGAGAUAACCACGGGAGCCGCCAGCGAUCUCCAACAAGUCACUCAGAUUGCAAGACAGAUGGUGACGAUGUUUGGUAUGUCGGAGAUUGGUCCAUGGGCACUAACCGAUCCAGCUGCUAAACAAAACGACGUCAUUUUACGUAUGCUCGCUAGGAACUCAAUGUCAGAGAAACUCGCGGAGCAAAUUGAUUCGUGCGUAAAGAAAAUAAUCGAGGACGCUUAUGAGGUCGCAAAGAAGCAUGUGAAGAGUAACAGAGAAGCCAUAGACAAGCUUGUUGAUGUUUUGUUGGAGAAGGAAACCUUAACGGGAGACGAGUUUCGAGCAAUUCUGUCUGAGUACACUGAUCAACCGUUAAAUACCGAUGUUAGAAUUCUAAACAGAGACUUGGUCAGUGUGUAAAUACAAAUGAGUUAAUGAAUA